GAACUGGUGGCUGCAAAGUAAAAAAAAAACCACUCCAAUAAAGCACGUGCUUCGUUGAAGAAAACUGACUACAAUACCGAGUUUUAAUCACGCAAUAAACACUAUAAACCCGAUGAGCUAAUCGCAUUAAUGUCAGUUGCUUUCAUAUGCUGUAUUUUCUAUCAAAAAUGGAUUUUGUUGUAAUUGUGAAAUUGAUUUCUUCAAUAUAAUACCUGGUUGCCCAUCUUAUAGAUUUUCUAAAUGAUACGCGUUUGUUAAUGAGGAAUUUUAAUAUCUAGCGCAUAAGAAAGUAGCCGCAAUCUGACACCUAACAACCUUCAAAUGCAAACUUUGGCCGCGAAGCAUAUCUUUCUGCGGGAGUGUUUUGGAGAAGCUGUUUGAAGAAAAAAAAACCUGAAAACAAAGUUUCACAUGGUGUGGUUGAUGGAUACACGUGUGAGGAUUUCAGAAUAUUUGAGUUAUUUUUCUUAACAUAUCAGCUGUUCUUCUGUGUUCACAGCAGCCAAAAUGCCAAAGUCUAAAAGAGAUAAAAAAGUUUCAUUGACGAAAACAACUAAAAAGGAUCUGCAGUUUAAACAGCAGCUUGUUGAUGAAAUCAGAAGAUGCAUUGAAAACUAUUCAAGAAUAUUUGUCUUUUCAGUACAAAAUAUGAGGAAUGCCAAACUGAAGGACUUGCGCAGUGAAUGGAGACACAGCAGAUUCUUUUUUGGAAAGAACAAAGUAAUGGCUUUGGGUCUAGGGAAGACUGCAGAGACUGAAGUACAGGAUAAUCUGCACAAGUUGGCAAAGCAGUUGCGUGGUCAGUGCGGUUUGUUGUUCACUAAUAAAACAAAAGAGGAAGUGCUGGAGUGGUUCGACAACUUCAGCCAGGGUGAUUAUGCAAGAUCAGGUGGAGCAGCAACAGACACAGUAGUAUUGCCUGCAGGUCCCUUGUCUCAAUUUCCUCACUCCAUUGAGCCACACCUAAGAUCUCUCGGCAUGCCUACAAGCCUUCAGAAAGGUGUUGUGACACUUAUCAAGGAUUACACUGUGUGUCGUGCUGGUGAAGUUCUAAAGCCUGAACAAGCUCGCAUACUGAAAUUGCUUGGCCAUGAAAUGGCAGUUUUCAGGCUUGUUAUGAAGUCUAUGUGGUCAAAAGAUGGUACAUUUGAGAAAUUCAAGAGAAAGAAAGAAGAAGAUGCAAUAGUAGAUCAUAAUGAUGAAAUGGAUGAUGCUGAAAUGGAAGAGUAUGCUAGCGAAGAAGAAAAUGAAUAGUAUUACCUGACUGAUUUACAUUUUAAUGUUCGUACUUAUAACUGUAAAUAUUCUACCUGAUGUUACAAAAACUUCAAACAUUGUAAACUCUAUUUUAUGUAAUUAUGAAUUCAGUGUAAUGUGCCAGUAUGUGACAAUUGCAGUGUUGCAGUAUUUUUAAAGAAACAAACUGAAGUAACCUAUAUACAUUUCAUAUAUUUAUAUCAGCAUAUAUUGUAACAAAAUUGAUGUAUGUAAUAUCUAAAUUUCUGAUGCAACUCAUAUACUAUUGUGAUAUUGCUGCACGCUUGGAAUUUUGUGAACUAUCGAAGUGGAAAAUAUCUGGUAAUUACAAUUUUUCAUAACCAGCAUAAA